AUGGAUGCAGAGAUGGCUUCCUGGAAGUCCACAGGCACCUACGUUGACGCGGUUCCCCCUCCUGGGGCGAACAUCGUCAGUGGCAUGUGGAUCUUCAAGGUGAAGCGGCCACCGGGCUCUCCACCUGUCUUCAAGGCACGGUACGUUGCUCGUGGCUUCAGUCAGCGGCAGGGAGUUGACUACUUUCAAACCUUCUCUCCCACCUUGAAGAUGACUACUCUUCGGGUGCUACUGCACAUAGCCGCUCAGCGCGACUACGAGCUUCACUCUCUCGACUUCAGCACUGCGUUUCUGCAGGGUAGCCUGCACGAGGAGAUCUGGCUGCGCCGUCCGCCUGGCUUCACUGGGACUUUCCCUCCUAGCACCCAGUGGAGCCUCCGACGGCCAGUCUACGGUCUCCGCCAGGCACCGCGUGAGUGGCACGACACACUGAGGACUACGCUUGCGGCUCUUGGGUUUGCUCCUUCUACUGCUGACCCGUCGCUGUUUCUGCGCACCGACACUUCCCUGCCGCCGUUCUACAUCCUCGUGUACGUCGACGACUUGGUCUUUGCCACAGCGGACACUGCUGGACUCGCCUACGUGAAGUCCGAGCUGCUGAAGAGACACACGUGCACAGACGUGGGUGAACUGCGCAGCUACCUUGGCUUGCAGAUCACUCGGGACAGAGCACGCCGCACCAUUACCUUGACUCAGUCACACAUGGUGCAGCAGGUCCUUCAGCGCUUCGGCUUCACGUACUCCUCGCCUCAGGCCACUCCUCUGCCUACUCGCCACUCGCUCUUAGCUCCGCCUUCGGAUGAGUCCGUAGAGUCGAGUGGUCCGUAUGCAGAGCUUGUUGGCUGCCUCAUGUACCUGAUGACCUGCACACGACCUGACCUUGCAUACCCUCUGAGCAUUCUUGCACGCUAUGUUGCUCUUGGGAGACACCGACCAGAGCACAUGGCUGCAGCGAAGAGGGUAUUGCGCUACCUGUGCAGUACGUCGGGCAUGGGGCUAGUGCUUGGAGGGCGGAGUCCAGUGGUCCUUACAGGCCACGCGGACGCUUCUUGGGCUGACGACCAGGCUACGCAGCGGUCGUCACAGGGUUACACCUUCAGCCUUGGUUCCGGCUCUGUUUCGUGGCGGUCUACUCGCUCGUCUUCGGUUCUCGGCUCCAGUUGUGAGGCUGAGAUCUACGCCGGGGCCAUGGCUGCACAGGAGCUUCGCUGGCUCACCUACCUGCUGACUGACCUUGGAGAGCCGCCUCGUUCUCCUCCAGUGCUGUACGUAGACAACAAGGCCAUGCUGGCCUUGUGUCGAGAGCAGCGCUUGGAGCACAGAACGAAGCACAUUGCUCUCCGCUACUUCCUUGCUCACACUUUCCAUGUGCAAAAGACUGACCUGGAGGUGCGCAGCCGCAUCAAGAGCAUGCAGUGUGGAACCCGCACUGUGCAGGAGUAUGCCAACGAGUUCGAACGGACCCUGUUACUCCUGACAGUCGCUCUCACUGAGAACGAGGCAAUGUCGUCGUUCUAUGAGGGCUUACCCCAGUGGCUUCGCGAGAGGCUCGUGCUGGGCAAGAACCAGUACACUACGUACAAGGAGCUCAAGACAGCUGUCAUUGAUCUUGACGUGAGCGUCCGCACCUGCCUUAAUGCCGCCAAGGGUCACUUGCAGAACGGGGGUGAAGGCCCUAGUGGCCAGACCAAUGCGGCGCAGCCUUCCAAUGGGAAAGGCCCUUGGAAGAAGAGGCCAUUCCAGCCGCAGAGCCAGCAGAAUGGGCCACAGCCUAAGAAGCCUUUUCACAAGGGUGGCCAGCAGAGGAACGGAAUUCCUUUCUGCACCUACUGCAAGAAGUUUGGCCAUACGAGGGGGCAGUGCCGUACGCUGAAAAGGUCUGAGGAUUCUGGCAAGCCGCAGCAGGCGAAAAAGAAGGGAGAUGGACCUUCAGGCUCGCGUCAGGAUUUUCCCAAGUCCAACUAG